AUGGUAGGGUUUUCUGGUAGACAUCAAAUUUACGAUUGUAAUCAAAAAGUCUUCUACGUUUCCGGUAUGCGCGCUCCAGCCGGAAAUGGAACCGCAAACCAACGGUUUCCGCUAGUCGUCGACGACGAGAUUCUUCUUUAUCACAUCUCUACCGAUAGUAGUGGCCGAGGACCAUUAUAUUUAUUGGGAUUUUGGCUAAUAGGCUUACGGGUUAGUUUCAGUAUACGUCGAAGGUUUGAGAAACCGAAAAUAAAUGCCGGUACUCGAGAAGAAAAUAAUAAUAUAUUCUCCGAUAUUGUCCGUUUUGAAAAUUGGACUACGCUAACAGCGCCACCCCUAGAUAAAGUCACACCACUAGCCAACGGCUAUAAAUUAUCGAAAGGGUCUUAA